AUGAUCUCCCUCUCCCAUCCUCCUCCCUUCCCUUCCCUCCCCUCCCUCCCCUCCCUCCCGUCUCCCGUACGCGGGACGCAGGCACGUUCUAUUGCGCGCUGGGGGACGCGGUCCCCCAACGCCUCACUGACCUAUUUCAUCCAGGUCCUUACGCGCCCGCCCGCCCGCGCCUGCAUACCUGUUGAAUUAGUACUAACGCGUCUUUAUGCGUUCAGGAGGAGAGUGACGACGAGAGCCAUGCUCGAGAAAAGAUUGCAGCUCUCGAUCAAGGCGCCCCGCCCCAAGCGCGUAAAGCGCGAAUAUGUCGACUCCGGCGACGAAGUUGAAGCCCUGACUCCGGCGCAAACUCACGCCCUUCGACGCCAGAUCCGCCAAGACAAGGAGAAGGACAAGAAGGUCAACCACGAGUCCACCUGGAUCACUUUCGGGAAGAAGGGCGGCGGCAUGGGGAAACUUACUGAUCAACCCCAGGUUCUGCGCACGAAGAUCAGCCGCGCCAUGUUCUUGCUCAAGUACAAGCUGUACAUGGACGCGAACGGCAGGGCCUGGGCCCCGAAAGACGAUAACUCGAAAGACGUCGAGAUCCCGAGCGACAACGAAGGAACGCCGCCCGCGCAACAGGGAGGGGCCGCCGCUGCACAGGAACUCUCGUGGGGACUCAAGCUCUGUUACGACCUGUUCUACGAGGUCAUCAAGGACGACCCUGAAUGCGAGCAUAUCUGCGCUCGCUUUCUCAAUGACGCGAAGUGGCGUCUCAUCGUUCUUACUGCGAUAUGGGACCGUCGUUGUGCGCAACGCAACAAUCUGGCCGCCAUCGCGCGCACCAUGGUCGACGAGGGCGCCUGGAAUCUCAAGAGCUUCUUCGACUUCAAGACCAAGCGCGGCCGCCGUAUCUUGAAGAACGCUUGCCUGGCCCUUCUCCAGGAGAAGGAAUUUAUCCACAAGGGCACGCUCGAGAUGAAGUCGGACGCUCCGGACGAGGAGCGCGUUGUCUACAAGGUCGAAUCCAUCGACCACAAGCACCCAUACGGCAACCCUCUGAUCGCCGAAUACGUCGCGCGGUCCAUGUUCAGUCUCGGCAAGGACCAGGGGACGAUGCACUUCAAGCCGCAUGAGUUCCCGGUCGAGAGUGGGACCCCGAAGGGUACCAAGCCGCGCAGUAUAGUUCCUCGUCCGAUGUUGACGAUGGCGGGCACGAUGCUCGAGGUCGCUAUUCGCGAUUACGCGUAUGGCCGGCAUAAGCCGCUCCGCUUGGACGAAGGCAAGGUCGCAGAGUGGUACGACGAGCACGUCGGCCAUAUCACCGAGGGGACACUCAUAGGCAUGUUCAUCGCAGCCAACGCUUGGAAACCGCCGAAGGACAUGAACGAGAAGCUCGGCGCGGCGCCUGCUUCCCUCGAGGAGAAGGAGGACAUCGUCAACUACUUCCAGAGCAAUGUUUCGUAG